AUUGCUUUGGCCAACAGUACACACGCGAGUCCGUGUUGCAGUGCUGCUGUACAGACUCGAGUCAGGGUCGCUCGGGAUCGAUAUACACAGGUAUAAGUGUGAUGGGAGAGGCACGGGGACCACUUGUCAUACAGAGUUUAGUCAGGGAACAAUAGCGACUCGUGCUGUAGGAAUUAAACAGCCCUUGUUGCUGAUAACUGGACACAGGCGUUGCACUGGCUAUUUGUGAGAGAGUAAAGAUUUGCUCACACCGCCUCGGGAACUAACUUUGUGAACACUGAAUGAAGACGCCGGCGGAGGAGCGUAGUUGAACUGCUCCAUGAAGCGUGGCGCAAUGGGAGGAGGAUGUGUGGAUGUGUUGUACAAGCUGGUAUGGUAGAGUGACUGGUUGCUCCUCGUGACAAACAGUCCUGACACGUAUAUGUGACCGUGUCUGUCAGCCGUGACAUUGACAAGUGAAGACGUGAACAUAACACUGAAUAAGACUACUACACUACUCUACGACAGAAAUUGAAGGAUGACUGGAUAAGAUGCCCCACGUUCACACACACGGGACACGGGACACGGGCACACGAAGCUAACCUCCUUUCAGUUACAGACAUUGGUUCAAGACAUCCCAUACAGGCAUUUCGUCUGAAUCGGCAUCGGUUGACUGCGAUUGAGGAUUAUUAUUGUGAGUGAGCAGAGCUAUCUGGGGUAGUAGGAGUGCGGGUACACGCUCACAGGUGAAGGCGCUACCCUGCUGUCUACAGAGAUGCUCUCCGCUGCAUGCACGUGAGCCCGUCCUUCACAAUGUCGCUGGGUGAAAUCAACCUGAGGAUCAAUCUGUCCUAUGGCGGUGGGUCGUACAUCCAGGACGAGGGAGGGUCACAGGAGCCGUUCCUGUGGCAGUUUAUAUUCUGGGGUAUCCUGCUUCCCCUAGUUGCCUUAUCGGGUAUCGUUGGGAACAUUCUAACCAUGGUUGUGUUAUGGAGGCGGGAAAUGCAGUCCCCUACAAUCUAUUAUCUACGGGCCCUUGUAGUAUCCGACACCGGAAUACUGCUCAUGUCCGUCAUCGCUCUGACGCCCUUCGCCUGCUCCAACUACCUGGAGUCGGAGUCUCUGGUGUACUACCGGGAGGUGAUCUACCCGCCCAUCCAUACUCCCCUCAACUUCAUCAUGAUGUCGCUGCAGGCCGUCAACGUGUGGGUAACGGUGUCAGUAUCGGUGGAGCGAUAUAUUGCCAUCUGCCAUCCAUUCAGAGCGGCUCGAAUCUGCACCAAGAAAAAAGCGCUCGUUGUCAUAAUCGUUAUUGUCAUCGUCUCCAUCGGCUAUAACAUCCCCCGUAUAUUUGCUACUCACGCUAGAGAGUGUUCAGAGGCUGAGAAAAGUCACGGCAAAGCCUGCUUCUACCUGGCGGACACGGAUCUGGGGAAGACCUGGUCCUACAAGACAGUGUACGGCUACAUCAUGUUCUGUAUCAUCAUCUAUGUGGUGCCGCUUGGGGUUUUGUUCAUCCUCAAUGUAUUCAUCAUACAGGAACUAAUGAGGAUGCAGCAAAGGCGCUCAGGCGCAAAUAACCAAGAGGAUAACGAAGCUAAUCUUAGUCUGGUGCUGGUGCUGAUAGUUGUGGUGUUUAUUUUCUGUCAGACACCAGGCCUCCUAGCGCAAUUCGAUAUCUUUGAAGUUCAUCUGUUUCAUAAAUGGCUGGCUGUGAGCAACUUCCUGUUUGUCCUGAACUCUGCUGUCAACUUUCUCAUCUACACUGCGUUCGGUCGAAAGUUCCGCAAGGUGCUGCUGCGUAUAUUCCACAAGCUUUACAAACACUCUCGUUCUAUGAGCAUCAGCAGAACUGCAGUCACCAGUAACGGCUACGAGCUGACCAACGUCAACGACCUGAACCACGAGCAAACAACCUUGGAGACAUACUACGACAAAUAGUUGGGGCAUGGGUAUUCUUGAGAGUUAGUCUGUGAAAGUGAGUGCCGCCAGCCCAUGACCGACUGUUUGAGAGGAGUGUACAGCGGCUGUGUACAGGACACAACGGAAGCAUACAGUUUCGAGCCGUGGAGGGACAACAGUGUGUUGGUAGUCCCCGCCUGACUCCUUAACGUUCGUCAAGCAAUAUGUAUUACGUUAAUUUCCUUUCCAAUGGAGAUUACAUCACUAUUCUUUUGCUUUUGUGGCCACCUUUGGAUAUUUACAGGUAUUGCAUCUGUCUCAAAGAAUUUAUUGUGAGAUCUAUCACGCCGUUUAUGAAAUGAAUGUUGUUUGAUUAAGGUUCUAACACGACGUAAAUAGUGCCAUAUGAUUAUGUUUAGGGUGUUGUUUCUCGUGUCUUAUCCACAUAUAUCUGUUUAUUUUGUUUUAUCUCUGUGGCCCUGUGAGCCUGCACUUGACGUGCCCCUAGAUCGCCAGAGUAUAUCACUGGGAGUAACGCGAGCAGGGACAAGGCACGAAGUGGCGUCAUCCUGUAUCUGGCACAACCACAUAGUGUCAAAUGUGUUAUCAUGCAGCUGCAUCUGUAGCAGUAUUGCAGGUGUAGGACAAUGCCACAAUGUGGUCAAGGAAGUGGGUAUUUAGAAACUGUGGUUUACACCUGCGAUAUGUUUCUUGUAUAUUUUCAUUAAAUGAGAGAGCGGAAAUAUUCAAAUUCGACAUUCCAGCCUAGGUGUGCUCUCGUUGAUGAAAUUGUCUACUCUAAACACGCUAACAUAAAUAUGUCCAUUGUGUAAUUGUGUAGUCUGUGCGGACGUAUCAGUUUUUAUCAUUGGUCACUUGGACCUAAAGGAAGGGAGGUUGUGCUCCGCCAUCUAGUGAAUCUAUGGAGGGAAGUUUGUGUACUACUAUCAUGGGACGCUUGGGGUGUUCUGCCAUCUCUGGAGAGAAUGUAGUAGCCCAACCUCUUUGGAGGAUAGGGGAUGAACUGCUAUAAUGGUAGGGGUGGGGUGUACUGCCAUGAUGGGACGGGAGGGGGUGUA